AUGACAGACCCAGACCCUGUCGAGUUCCAGUCCCUCGGCGUUGGAUUGGAGGACAUUUCAGAAAAGGGAUCCAAUCCUCCAGCCCGGAAGGUCGAAUACCGCCACACCAUAGUCGACCUCGAAGCCGAACUGAACCGCACCAUGGUCCGAGAUUGCAAGAUUGACGCCUGUAUCGAUCUGUUCCUCUGCCGCGUGUUAUCCUUCAGAAAGAACAACCCAGAUGGCCCAGACGGCGAGGGGUGGUACUCGACAUGGCUGUUUCGAGACAUGCGCAGACAAUUGCCCGCCGAAAAGCUUGAGCCCAUGACACAGGAGCUUCGUCAAAAUCUCGAUCGAUUGGUCCCCGGGCAUGUGUCGAAUGGCGAGCCAGUUUUGGAUACAAUCAACGACCGGGUUGAAAUUCGAUGGAACGCAAUUCAAAUGAGCAGAGAGGCUCCCAUCGAGCAGAGCAUCCCCCAAUCCCUCGUGCAGACCCUUGCCGAAAAGCAGUUCAAGGAACGGACUGGCCUCGGGGCAACCACAUCGCCGGAAAAACGAACAAGCCUCAAAAAUUCAUGUCGCCAGCUACGGAGCCUGAUUGAGGGCGAGAGCGCGACUGCUUCAUUCUCGUGCGGUGGAACGAUCCCAGUCGCUGUCGAUUCCGAGAUUGCUGAUGGCAAGAACCUAACCGCUUCUCCCCCAGUGCGCAUCUUUUGGAGCAAACGUGAUGAUGCGACCGCACAGAAGCUCAUCCUACCCAUCGGCACAUCCGUCCCCGAAGUCAGCGCUGAAAUACUGAAGCGGCUGGUAGCAGAUUGUGAUCCGGCGAGCUUCGGACGCGGAGACAAGGAUGUCGUUGAUCCGGAAUACCGCAAAGCUGGAAAGCUUGACACCGACCAGUUCGCGACGAGCUUUCACCCUGCGGAUUUUGGAAUCCUCGAUACCGUUGGACAAGUUCUCCUCCCGAGCAUCAGUAGCGAGACAGAUAACCAGCUGCAGUUCCGGAGGAUCAAGGCGGAGUUGUACAAGAUGAAUGUAUACUCCGGACCAUCAGGCCUAUUCCGGAAGCACGUCGAUACCCCGCGAGCCGCGAACCAAAUCGGAUCCCUUGUCGUCUGUCUACCCUCCAAGUUCACAGGCGGGAGCCUGCACGUCGAGCACCACGGCCACAAGGUCACAUUCGACUGGAGCGACAAGAGUGAGACAACAAUCCAAUGGGCAGCAUUUUAUAGCGACUGUGAGCACGAGAUCAAGACCAUCACCACCGGCGACCGCAUCACUCUCACAUACAACCUGUACGUGACCGAGCCCAUCGGAGAGCUGAUCCCCUCGCCUACCGCACCCAUGGAUCCAAGGUCACUACCCAUGCACUCUUGGAUAAAAGACCUCCUUACAAAGAACGAGUUCCUCAGUGACGGCGGUGUCCUCGGCUUCUUCUGCUCCCACGCGUACGCGCAUUCCUCGCCUCUCGCGCAAACGCAUCUCCCGAGAGCCCUCAAGGGCGCCGACCUAGUCCUCUAUUCCGUCUUCCGCUCCCUCGGGAUCGAAGUCUCCAUCCUCCCAGUCCUCGACAGCGACCGACGCCGAUAUGGCGGCGGGAACCCCGAGCUUGGCGUGACGGGGACACUGCAGGGCCCUGAUGCUGAACCGAAGAGACAUUAUAUGGAUCCUAAGGACUGGUACGGGUCCAAUGUUCUCUGGGACUAUCUCAUGAAUGGAGAUGGCAAUGGAAAUGGUGAUGGCGACGACGCGACGCCGCUCAAGCCGAAGUUCAGCGAAUUGCUGCCGAUGCCCUUCCAGGCUGCUGACUGUGAGAACCUAGACCGAUGGUGGAAGGUGCUUCUGAUGAGCAGACAGGUUAGUGGGAUGACGGACGUGCUGGAAUCUAUCGAGGCUGGGAAUGUGCCACACGAGAUCAAGGGCGAGAACGGGGGCGAGAACAGCUUCUACAAGACCGCCGCCGCAAAGGUCGGCGUUGCCUGUCAUCCGUACAUUACCUCUCACCGCGGUCAAAAUGAAGCCCUAGAUGACGUCAUCAAAGUAGUCUGGCCAGCUUACCAUCUGCCAGGAAUCACCUGGAUCACGGAGCCCAAGCACGAGGAGAUGGCGUUCAGCCAGAUUGCAUAUGGAAAUGAGGCGUCGGUUGGGACGCGGUACUCGUGUGCUGCCAUCCUUGCGGUAAUUCCGCCGGCGGAGCAGAGGAGUGGGUUUUUUCGGCAGGGCUGA